CUCCCGCGGUGCCGCAAUGUCGUCCAAGGGCAUCGCUGUCGACGGCGACGACUGGGAUCAAGCGGAAGUCGAGAUGUCUCGGAAGCUGUCAGAGAUGCAGAUUCGUGGACAAGCUCUUCCUGCAACUGCACUGCAUACCCCCGAGACGUGGGCACCGCCGCCGUCGAGUUCGCAAAUGGUGCACGUACCCCCACCACCUCCAGCACUUGACGCAAAACACCAGCAAUACCCCCCUGCCUCUUCCUACACAACGUCGUCGUCUGUAUCGAGUCCAGUGAGUCGCGCGACGGCUACCGCUGUGUCGCUCCUGUCUCCAUUGGACCCCGUCUUGGUUGCCGCGCUGGAGAAUCCGCGUGAACGCCUGACCCUGCUUCAGUUCGAAGAUCAAAUCGUGGCUUUUCUCAAAUCUCCCAGGGAAUACGAGCUCGUACUGCCGUCGCUGUCAUCGUACCACCGACUCAUCGUGCACAGACUCGCGGAUCGCUGUCACUUGGAGCACCAGACGGCCGAUUAUUACCACGCGACCGGGUACGAUCCAAAUGCCGCGCGCGUCGUGACGUUGUACAAAACGCCGCGAUGUGCAGUGCCGUCCAUUUUGCUCAUCGACUUGGCCGCGGAGGCAGCACCGCCGACCCACCACACACCGUCGCAUCCGCCCAAGAUCAUGUCGCGGAAGAAAGGCGCUGGCAGCUCCCACAAGCACCACCACAAGACCGCGCCGUCGACAUCGGGGGACGCACGCAGCAUGCAGGACCGCGAAAAAGCGUACGCAGAGGCUCGUGCGCGCAUCUUUGGCGACGGCGGCCAAGACAAACCUGCGUCGUCGCCGGCACCUUCGUCGUCUGAAGCGUCUCAACCGGCCAAGGCGCCGCUGACCAGACCCUCCUCGCACCAGCCCCACGGGUCGCAUCACCACCACCAAGACUGGAAACAAUCGAAAGCACAGUACCGCGACCGCCAAAAAGAGAUGAACGACCCUGACUUUACAAGGCACCACCAACCCCGCUCGGCCUACGUGUACGGCGCACCACCACCCCAUGGCUACGGCACGCGCUACACGAAUGACUUGUACACGUCCCAUGCGCCGCCGUUCCAAGGAGACGGGUACUACCGGCAGCAGCCCGCCGCCCGCACAUUCCAGCCCCGACCGGCGUUCGCGCAGCCGCCGACGGCGAGGAAUGGACCGGCGUCGUACUCGAUGGACACAGAUUUUCCCCCGUUAGGUUAACGCUCGUUUGAAUGCCUCGACGGCUUUGGCUCUUCUAUCGAAUAUUGCGACGACGGCUUAGCCGAUGGCUGUGCUAUUGCGACUGCAGGUGUCUCGAUGGCUGUGGUGGCUGACGUUGAUGGCAGACGACGGCGCGGAAGUCGGGCCAUGGUCGAGCGGGGCGGCCACUUGCUUUCGGGUGGACAUGGCCUUGAGGGUCCGUCGCAGCUUUCGCCGUGCAUCGUCGGCUUUCCGCUUGCACAGUUUUCGAUACUGGUCCAGGAUCAUGCGAUGGUGCGUGGUGGGGUCGGUUGGGUGGUCCAUCAUGUAAGCAAGAAUGUGUUGGCGGAGGGAUGCCUUGAUGGCGGUCGUGGAUCGCUCGUGCGCCGCGCACGUUUUCUCCAAGUGUGCAAGUCGGCUCGCAACGUCGGUGGCUCCAUCAAACACGUCAUGCAGAUUCAUGCACACAUCCUCGUCGCCGAUGGCGUUGUCCGUGGCUGCCGCCAGAGGGUCGGAAGCGGCGGCACGAUGAUCCACCAGUCCCACGACAGCCAACUCGUGAUGCAUUUUUGACGCACUGACGUCGAAACAAGACGACGGAAUGUAAGAAAUCGGCGGCGAUGGGAGAGACGGCAGCACGGAAAUCGUGUUGUGUGCGAGAAGCUGUUUGCCGAUGGUGGUGGCUUCGGGUUGGAUACGACUGUCGUUGUCGUCGCCUUCGUCAGGCAUGGACGUAGUGGGCGACGGGCCGUGAACAUCCACAAGCGCGGCCAACAGUUUCUGCAUCCAGUCAGGAGAUAUCGCAAGCAACGCAACUCACCUCGGACAAGGAAUCUGUUGUUUGUGUGGAAGGCGCCAUGUCGUGAAUGGGAUGCUUGUUGUCGGGAUUGUCUGCGACGACAUUUCGUUCGUCGGCAACGGCACCUGUCGACGGAGGUGCCGGGAGAACGCGGUCGAUCGAGUCCGGAUGCACCGGUUGAAAGAACGAACAUGCACGAAGGUACUGCCAGCACUCUGUCGUGGUACACGGGGUAUCUGCGACGAUGUUCGCCAGUCAAACACCCUGCAGCAUGAGAGGUGCUUACCCAAGUCCAUCGCAUCAACAUCAAACGAUGGCGCCAAAUCCUUGGACAUGUCCCCGGAUAGCGCGGACGACGUGCUCAACUUCCUUCGUCGUUUCUUCUUUCGCCUUGGAUGCUCUUCUCUGCCUUCUGUAGUUGUUGUGGCAUCUGGCAUUGGUGUCGCAGACUGCUGCGAGGUCGAUGCAAUCCAUGCAUCCAAUUCCACCAUGCCUCGGUGAAAGUCCUCUAGCUGAUCUUCCACGACAGCGCGAGCUUGCCGCAGCUCCGACAGCACGCGAGAUGCGUUCUGCUUGCGAAUGCCUGGCGCGUCCUUUGUCCCGCACGCCUUUUUGAUCGUUGGGUACAGGGAGUGCUGGACCCAAAACUUGGCAGGGGCGGUCAGAACACUGCUUGGGUCGCCAUGCGGAGGAAGAAGUUCCAGCGCAUUGAUCGGGUGUUGCGCAUCAAUGCCACUUGGAGGUCGUCGGAACACCGCCGGGACCUUCGCUGGCGCGGCCGGCAUGUCGUCCUGCAAUCUUCUUGUCAAGCAGUGCGCUUUGAAAUUUGAAUGCAA